GGUGGGUGUGUUGUGAAGUGUUGGCGGCGCGGUGCUCUGCUUCCCCGCCACGGCCGCUCUCUCUCUCUCUCAACAGGUGGCAAAUCCCUGGAAUAUUGUUACCUCACACAGUCCUCAGGGAAGAGAGUUAUCUGCCCAACCCGUAGUGACUUUAUUAACUAGAGGCGAGCAGCGGCGACGCGUGCGUGCGAGCCGCGCGCCCCGCCGCGGUGAGGCUGUGGCGACACCAGCGAGGAGAGAGGAAGAAAAAAUGUGGCUUAGAGUGUGAUUAAUUAGUGAACAAUUGAGACCUCCCUGCACACUCCCUGUGCAGGCCCGGUGCAGGCGCUGACGCAGGGCAUCCCGGGCUGCGGGGCUGGCGAGGCUCUGCAGGCGACCGUGAAGGGAGAUUUGUAUACAAAAAAGUGUGCAAGUGUCAUUCAUAACUCGUCCGAGACUCAUCAGGUUACCCCGGCACCAGCGGCGGCGAUGAAUGAAUGAGUGACCCACGGAGCUGUAAGCGAGAACGUGGCUACCUUGAGGGACAUGCUAGAGGUACGUGUAAUGUCGAGGAAGGACACCCAUAGAUACUGGAGACCCCUGGACGACGGUGUGCUGGAGGAGGGUGAGGGAGAGGGAGCAAUCAACCUGUCAGCCAGGCCCUCAAGACAAACAUCUCCCCUCGACCCUGACCAGGUACGUGUUUGUCUUCCUUUCUCUCCUCUCCCCCCUAAUGCCCCCCGUCGUCUGCAGAGGGCCCCCACCCCCAAGACGAUGGUGAUGGGACCAACGAAGAAAUCAUCAGAGGGAGGCAUCAGCCCUGAACUAGGGGGCGCACGAGCUCUGGAGGGGCGCGACACCCCCGCUAGCCGCCUCUCCCCUCACCUGCAUGCCGCCAGUGCACCUGUCGGCCCCCCUACCUCCAACCAAGGGCUCCACAACCUCAUCAUGGCUCCCGCACUGCAGCAGAUGUCCCACCUACUGCACCAGCAACUCAUCAACCCUGCCCAGAUUCAGUCCCUCAUGCACCACCAGACUGUGAUGCUACACCAGCAGCAGCAGCAUCAGCAGCUGGCGGAGUUGGGGCGAAAACAGCUGGAACAAAUACUGCAGCAGCUUCAGGAGCAACUGCAGGUCAACCUUAUACAGCAGACCCAGCUCAUGCAAACCCCCGAUAAAACGAAGGUGUCCGGGCCCUUGGCGCAGCUCGGGGCGCAGCAGCAGCAGUUGGUACAGCAGCUGCAGGCCGUACAGCGCCAGUACCUCCUGCAGUCCGGCCUGCACCCUGGCCUGCACCACCACAAUGGAGAGACAAGAUCUCCGCCAGGUGUCCCCAGCGAAGGGAACUCGUGGAAGGACAGGAGUGAGCGAUCCGAGACGCCCUCCCCGCACCACCACCACAACAACAACAAUAACAACAACAAUAACAACGAGAGAGAUCAGAAGCCAAUGCCUCCUCCCUCUGCUAAUGGUCGCGAGAUGAACGGCUUGGGCGGCGAGGACGAGGACAUGACAGGAAGGCGCACCGGUCACCCUCUCUAUGGUCACGGGGUGUGCAAGUGGCCGGGCUGCGAGGCGAUCUGUGACGAUAACCACACCUUUCACAAACACCUCAACACGGAACACACGCUUGACGACAGAUCGACGGCGCAGGCGAGGGUACAGAUGCAGGUCGUGAGUCAGCUGGAGCGACAACUCACCAAGGAACGGGACCGCCUGCAGGCCAUGAUGAACCACUUACAUAUGAACAAGCAGCAGCAGCAACAACAGCAGCAGCAGCAGCAACAGCAACAGCAGCAACAGCAACAGCCGCCACAUCUACCGCCACCUCGCGUUUCCUCCCCCGAGCCGCCGCCCCCGCAGCCCAAGCCCCUGGUGGAGCCGCCCACGCAGAGCCCCGGCGGCAUCCUCCCGAAGCUCGGCAUGAACCCCAGCCUGUUGGGCGGCGGCGUGCUGGGCCCCAACCCCCUGGGCCUGCCGCACUCCCCCAUGGCGCAGAUGUCUCCAGUCUCCCUCUUCGGCGGCAUCGGCUCGCGGCACCCCCCACUCCUGCAGCCCCCCACCCCGACCACCUGCGGCCCCCUGCGCAGGAGACUGACUGACAAGAACGCCCUUCUCACCCCAGGGCCACUAGAGGACUCCCAAGUGACUAGAAGGCGCCUUGCAGACCGUGCUGCUUUAGACGUUACUGAAGAAAUUCAGAGGAAUCGAGAGUUUUAUAAGACCACUGAGGUGCGGCCGCCAUUCACCUACGCCUCACUAAUACGCCAGUCCAUCAUUGAGUCCCCGGACAAACAGCUCACCCUCAACGAGAUAUACAAUUGGUUCCAGAACACAUUUGCUUACUUCCGACGCAAUGCAGCAACAUGGAAGAAUGCGAUCCGCACCAACCUCUCGCUGCACAAGUGCUUUGUGCGCUAUGAGGACGACUUUGGCUCAUUCUGGAUGGUAGACGACGCAGAGUUUGUGAAGCGACGCCACCUCUCCCGCGGCCGCCCCCGGAAAUAUGAACCCAACACCCCACCACCACUUCACCAAACCCUCCACCCAGGGCUACCGCCAAACCAAGGGGUCCCCAUGGCCUUCCAUGCGGCUUUCCCGACCCAGUCAGGGCCGCUCCCGCCCCCACAAGGUGUGUCCAGCAAAAGCCCCACACUAACCAGCAGCCCUACACUGUAUGGCGAGGCUCUUAAUGCAAGCCUACAGUACCCUGCAUGUCUGCUGAUCGACAAACUUUGCCACCAGGCCGCCCUUGCCGACUCCAACCUGCCGAUGCUGAACAAUGCCUUCAGCCACGCCUCUAGCAUGGACAAGGGCAGCUCCCCCCCGAUGUCCUACCACGAGGCAAUGCCCCGCCACGAGGAGGAGGAGGAGGCCCAGCACAGGGAAAGAGAGAGGGAGCAAGAAGAGGAGAAUGAAGAGAACUUUCCCUCCCAGCUGGUAAAGCAGGAGAUGACGGAGGAGGAGAGUCCGAUGGAGACGCAGAGGGAGUGCGAGGAGGAUGCCCCCCACCCGUCCUCCCCCAUGUCCCACUUCCGCCACUACUCCGGGAUGGAGGAGGACCGGCCCAGGUCCCGGAGUCCCCUUCCCCCCAGUCCCGUGUCCCAGCACCCCCCGCCCCCAGUUUCUCACGCGGUGCCGCACGUGCCAACCACACUGGGGAUGCCGCCGCCCCUGCAGCUGCUGCACGAGGCUCACAUGCGUCAGGGACCUCCUCUAGAAGGCUAGUGAUGUAGUGACGGGCAGUGAUACAAACUUCCCAGUGAUUUUCAACCCAUAAACAAUCUUAACUCGACUGCCAUCGUUGUUCAAGCGUCCGGCCGGCCGCACGAGGGCCGGCCGCCAAGAAGACUCCAUUGUGAGAUGGUUAUCAUCUCAUCCUUAUUCAGACUGUUCUUCAUAAUAUUUUUCAAUAUUUGAAACCGGCUUGCACAAGUGACUUUGGAAAGCUUGAGAAAGGAUGGAAGAGUGUGUUAUUUUUACACUGGUGGAAUUAAGCGUUCUAUUAGACUUAUUUUUUUCAUAUCAGACUAGUCUUACUUAAGGCACUGUCAUCAGUCAUGGCACAAGUGUUGAUGUACUCCUGGUGAUGGAAGGAAGCUUGUUUUGUACAGGACUAAACAAGGAUGUGAUUGCAUACUGUAGUAAAGUAGUCAUGUAUGUAGAACGGCAGACACACAGUGGAACUUGCUUCACAUAGUGUAGUGUAGACUAAGAGGACAGGCGGUCAAACCACCACCUGUGUACCAUUCCUAGAUGGGUCUGCAAGAUCCUACUGUGCUUUUCUAGCCCCUGUUUCUUGUCAACCUUUGCCCAGUGUUAUGCUGCUCAUGCUUGCACCUCCUGCAAUCUCAUUAAGGUUAAAGUGAUGCAACCAUUGGCACGACGUUUACACACGGUGUUCGUGGCAGUAAAAUGUAACUAAAUCACAAGUAAAAAGAGGUUUCAAGUGCCAUAUAAAAAUUUGAGAGUGAAUGGAACUUAGCAAACAAACAAACAAACAAACAAACAGGUGAAAUUUGAUCUCAUCUCGAAGCGACAAGUAGCUCUUCCAUGACAAUGACAGCCGAGGGAGUCAGUCUGCCCGGCUGGGCCUCCCAUAGUCACCAAGGUAGACUGUUGACUAUCAAGGUAUUAUGUAUUUUACCUGCAAAGUUACAAGGUUUGUUAAUGGUAAUUUUAAGAUUCACCAUUAUUUUUUAUAUGAUGCAUUUUUUUUGUGAAAUGUGCUUCUUUUCUCCUCCCCCUCCCCCUCCCCUGUAAUGUUACAAGAGUACCCGCUGUUAGCAUUUACUGUAAGUGCACAGUAUUCUUCAUUUUGUACUGCUGUAGUCCUGUACCUCAAGCAAUCCCACCUACGUCAUUAUUUAUUUGUAAUUUAUAUUCUAGAUUAAGUGGGGUUAGGACAGCACAGAAACAAGAUCCAUAGAAUUAUAGUUACCUAGUGUAAUUUUAGGGUUAAAAUUACCAUCCCAAACCUGAAAAAAAAAGUAAAAAAAAGGAGAGAUCAAGUUACCCAAUUUACCGAAUCUUGGAACUCAAUUGUAAAACUUUCAAAACCACAAAACAUGAUCUAAGUUACAAUAAAAUUUGAGCAUUUCCUUUUCAUCUACAUGACCACAGCAAUCAUCAACCAAUAGAGCAGCGUGAAUGCAAACAUUGUGUGUGGGUUUGGGUGUACUUUGCAGUUUAUACUAAAAAUACAGUUUUAUACUCACGAUAAAUGCAAUCAGGUAUUUAGUUUUGAAUUUUGAUGAGAGACAACACAAACACAACUUUUGGCAUGGCUAAGCAUACACACACAAACAUACAAACACACACACACACACACACACACACACACACACACACACACACACACACGCAAGGAAAGCCCGUGGACAGACAGAGACAGUGUUGCGUAUACUCUCCCAAAAGUACAUAAUAGGCUUGAUAAGUAGAAGCCUUGUAGAAUGGACCACUGUUGUAGAAUGCAUUUUUUAAGAUGCUAAAAAGUAAUGCAUGCCCACGAUGGGUACUGUAUUAUUUGUAGGAUAGUUUUGCUGUGUUAGGGACUCAGGACUACUGUGGGGUAUGUACAAAACUUUUCAGAUCUUUUUACUCUCUCUGAUACCUAGACGUAACUUGUUAGGUAUUCCGGUGUUAACUUUAUCAACUUUUAACUUUUACGACCCCCGAGCUGCCUCCCCUCCGCGGCUCCUUCCCUCUUUCGAGAUUAGUGAUACAAACGGUGUCGCCCCAUGGUAGUUUUGCCUCCAAUAUUGCCAUGUGUUCCUGUUAUUCGCGAGUCACAAGGUAGUUGAUGAGCUUCUUGUAGUACAUUCCCCGUGGGUGACCAAACCCAGUCCCUAAGCAAUAACUGUCAGAUGUACUUAUUGUGAAGAACAAAUGUUGCCCACCUCCUAUCUGCAGGUCCCAGCUGCUGUCACACACUGGCUCUGUGUAAGCAAACAUGAGUGACUGUCGUAGAGUAACUCCCCACUUUUUUGCAUUUUAAAAGUUGUAUGAGGAAAACUGUAAUGUUACCAGUGAUGUUGCUUGCAGAGGGCUGGCUAUGUGGAAUUGGAUGAGGCUCUAAAUCAUAGACCAUAGUAUACUCCAUAAUUAAGAAUUAAUGUCAUAUGCAUCACACCCUUAACAAGCACUGUAAGUCAUACCACAUUUGUUCAAAGUGGAAUGUGAAAGCCUUGAUCAUAAAGAUGUGAUGAUAACUUCUAAAAUAUAUGUAAAUAUAAAAAAAGAAAACUUGU